AUGGACCAUUUCGUGAGUUCAUUGUUUUUGCAAGAUGAAAAUGUGCGUGCCGACAAUGAUCCUUUGGCAUGGGAGGACAUUGAGGGUUGUCGUGUUUCUGAAAAUUAUGCCGAGGAAGUGCAGGGUGUUGAUAGUAAUGUCGAUAAAUUUUUUAAUGACACCUUCUAUGACAACUGGGAUGAAAGAGCAUUUGACGGUAUUGAUGAGCUUGGGUAUAUGAAUCUGAAAGAAAUAACUGCAAGUGAGGUUAGGUUGUUACAUUUUCGGGAUCAGACUGUUGCAUUUUCUUUCUACCAAUUGUAUUCAAAGAUGAACGGUUUUGCUGUUAGAAAGAAUAGGAUUAGAAGGAAUGUCAAAAACGAGGUGACACAACAACAAUUUAUUUGCUUUUGGGACGGGUUUAGAGAUACGGGGCCUGAGAAUGAUUCCCAUCGACGCAAAUGCGAGCCAAAGCCUGAGACUAGAUGCGGAUGUCUGGCUGAAAUGCGUGUUCAUACUAUCAUUUUGUUUGGGGAUGUGUUAGCAUUCGAUGCGACUUAUUGUAAGAACAGGUACAUAUGCCCGUUGGUUGUAUUUUCUAGGGUUAAUCAUCAUAACCAAACCAUUGUGUUUGCCGCAAUGCUUGUUGCGAAUGAGAAGGAGGAGACAUAUACAUGGUUGUUAAAACAAUUUCUUGAGGCUAUGAAGGGCAAAGCACCAGGUUGUGUAAUAACUGACUGGGACAAUGCCAUGAAAAAAGCAAUCGAAUCUGUGUUUCCGAGUGCUUACUAUCGGUUAUGUGCAUGGCAUUUACUUAGGAAUGCAACCUCUAAUCUUAGCAAUCCGACGUUCACAUCUGAAUUUAAGAAGUGCAUGCUUUUUUAUUAUGAGAUUUCAGAGUUCGAAGAUUGGUGGGUCAAAUUGGUUACGGAGCUUGGUCUUCAACAUAAUGAAUGGGUUUGUGACUUGUAUGCUAGGAGGAAAAUGUGGGCAACUGCUUACAUUCACGGGCAUUUCUUUGGUGGGUUUCGAACAACAUCAAGGUGUGAGAGAUUGCAUUCUAUGCUCAGUAAAUUCGUGCACUCUCGACAUAACUUGAGAGGCUUUAUUGAACAGAUCUUGCGAUGUAUAUGUCAAAUGAGGUUAAGGGAAGCACAAAGUGAGUUGGCAUCUGUUGUUGGGGAUUUAGUGUUGCAAAGUCCACUACAUGCAUUGGAAAGAUCUGCCGCCAACACACUGACAAGAGAGAUUUUCAUGUUAUUCAGGCCAAUGUUGACAAGAGCUUGUACGCUAAAGGUGUGUUCAUGUACAUUGACACCAAGUUGUGAGAUUUAUACACUAUCCAAGUCAGGAAAUCCUAAUAAAGAAUGGAACGUGUCUCACUAUCAGGACAGAUCAAUAUUUAAGUGCUCUUGCUUCAGGAUGGAAUCACUUGGCAUACCUUGUGAUCAUAUCGUGGCAGUUCUAGUACAUCUUGAUGCGAAAGAGAUACCAAAGAGUCUUCUUAUAGAUCGAUGGUCGAAAAAUGCUCGGUUAAAAGUGUGGGAAUUUAUGGAAAAUGGACCCUUUUGUUGGGAAUCUUGA